UCCACAGAAAAUCCCCAAUUCCCCCGUCCGAUUCGCUGCUCGUCCGCGCUCUCGCCGCCGGGAUCUCCUCCCGCGCGCCGGCAGCCUCGCGGUGUUACCCUCAUCGUGGCCCAGCGGCCCAGGAAGCCCGCAUCGACGCCGGCGAUGGCCGCCGCGCAGGAGCCGAGAAGCGGGCUCUUCAGCGCCGGCGACUUCCGCACGUACAACCCCAAGCAACUGAACGGCGAAGAUAGGCUCAGCAUGCUGACUGAUGAUAUUUUACUGUCCAUCUUGGGGAGAGUCAGUUCACGUACGGCUGCAAGGACAAGUGUGCUGUCAACACGGUGGAAGCAUCUGCCUUGGUUGCUGCCUGAGCUCAGCAUCGAUGUGAAGGAUUUCCUGUCCGCUCCGUGCGCUGACCCUAUGGAGGAAAAUGAUAUGGAACAAGCUAUGAAGUCUUUGGCCAAAGCAACCAGAAGUUUGUUGGAUAAACAACGGAGAGAAUCCACUAUCUCAAGUUUGCACCUUAAGCUCUAUCUGUUCAACGCUUUCCUUUGUGAAGUUGGCCCACUGAUAGGUGAUGCAAUCGACAGUGGUUUGUUGAAAGAUUUGGAUCUCAGUGUUCUUGAUGAGACAGAGCCUCUUGACCAUAGUGAGGAAGAGAUGCAACAGCGAGCUCAAGACAUAGAUGCUUUUUUCACUGCCUACCCCAGUGUGCUCCACUGCCUCACAAAGCUCUCUCUAAAAAAUGUAGGCUUUGACAAAUUGGACAUGCACCAUGUUCUGUUUGACUGCUGCAAGCAACUGAAGCAUCUAAGCCUUCAUCAUUGUGAUACUGGUUCCUACUCUCUCUUCAAGAUUGAUGCACCAGACUCAAAACUCUGUGUUCUAGAAAUCGGGAUGUGUCGCUUUCUGAGAAUCGACCUUGUCUGCCUCCCUAAAUUGGAGAAGUUGGUUUGCGAUACUUGGGUAUCUCGGUGUGCCCCGUUGACCUUUGGUUUUGUCCCAUCUCUAGGGGAAUUAGAACUCUCGUGUGGUGAGCAAAACGGAUUUAAAUUAAGUGAGCUUCUACAUGGAGUAACAGGCAUACAUACUCUCACAUUGGAUUUCCAAGGAGAAACCCUUUGGUUGCAACCUGAAGUGGAGGAACUCCGCACCGCAUUCAGCAAGCUAAGGAAGCUGUUUGUAUGUGGUAUAUUUGUUGAAUUUGACAUUUUAUGGACGACAGCCUUGCUUGUGGCAGCACCAUCUAUUGAAAUGUUGCAUAUUGAGGUGUGGGAACAUACAUGCGAUGUGGGCGAGGCCAGACCCGCUUCCUACCAUGACAGAAGGAAUCCUCGGUGGGAAAUGCACUUGGACAGCAGCUCCGAGAACAGGCUUCUGAAAGAGCUAGAAUUCGCUGGAUUUAAAUCACUUGAACAGCAGUUUACAUUUAUAAGAUACAUGUUGGAACAAUCUCCCAACUUGCAGAAGAUAGUUCUGAGAGAUGAGGAACAGUGUGAUGACUGUGACGCCCUUAAGGUACCUCGUCCUUCGAGAUUUCCGAGGAAGGAAGAUGAGCAAGAGAUGGUGGUUAAGCGGAUUAGAGAUGGCAUGUUCUCGCCAGAGAUAAUUUUUUACGAGUAAGAAGAGACAUGACAUAUCUCAUUCCAAACAAUUUUUGAUACUUAUAAUUACCUGGGAUUGGGAUGUUCUAUGUAGGCACAUGACCUAUCUUACAACCAGCACUAUGAACAAUCUGCAAGUAACACUCUCUUCACUGGAGAUAACAAACGAAGCAAGAAGAUGAUAUCUUUUGGUUACCCGCGGUGCAGUGGUUACUCCAUGCAGCUCAUCCAUGGAUUUCAUCCAGACCAUGCAUUGAGAGAGUCGGUAUUCAUAAUUCUCGGGUGUGCUGUCUCUGCACCGAGCAAUCUUGUCUUCUUUCUGACUCAAGUCAUCAUCUUUGUGCCUCGCACCGUCUUCUUUCUGAAAAUUUCAAGAAUGAUAGACAGAUCUUGAGACAAAUCAGAGGCCUUUACAGCAUGAAAAUAACUGGGAAAUAAUUCCAUGAACGAUAGACCGAUCUGGAGACCAAUCAAACUAAAGAGCACAAGUAUACACAAGGACAGGGAUGUCUGAUUUGGGCCCAGGGCGUGAGUUGUGGUGUGAGGAACCGACGGGUGUGGCCAUGUCUCGCCUGCUGCCGCCUCUGAUUUUUUAUCUUGGCCACCUCGCCUUCUGCCACCUCUCCACCUCCUAAACAGACCCGGCGAAGACUGCACUCCGCAGCGUCAAUGCCCGCAGCAAGCAGCCUGACCCCCUACCGAGGGAACGCACCGUUGCUGCCAGGAACCUAUCUGAUGCUAUUACACAAAGACUACACCGACAACCACCUUGCCACACAGGAGAGCAGAGCACGGCCGCCCCACCCAGGUUUUUUCCCCUCUACAAAGCGCUUCCACUUUGGGCAAGGCGAUGGUCAUAGCACUGGUGGAUAGGACGCAUGCCCACCAAAGUGGUAGAAACCAACGGGACACCUACGAUAAGUCAGGACAUGCAGGAGGAACCACGGCGGCUUAUUGUGAGCUCGGCAUUCCUAGAGAGGUGCCGAGGUUAGUAAAUGACACACCAAUUUUAGCGAGUCCUCCCACUUACCAUCGGGGCCGUCAGAAAAUCAAUGCCUUGAGCGGAACCAGUGGUCAAAUUCUAGGGAUAUAGUGGCUUUAAGGAUGGAUUAGCUGUUUGCUAUAUACAAACUUAAGAGCAGAUUUUGUGUGGCCGUUUAUUUUCUCAUCUUUCCAAUUUUAUGAUUAUUGGCUAAAUCACUAAACUGAGCACAGCAGGGCCACGUUCAUGCGAUGAAUGAGAAGGUGAUGCGGAACCAAUAUAUAUGAGCUCUUGGUAUCUUGGAGCAUGUACAUGGUCCCACCCUUCUUCCCCUAAGGUAAUUUGAUUCGGCAACGGUUAGCUUAUUUCAGGUUGCAUGGUUAUCCCGUGAUGUUUAGUGGUCAAGUUAUAGAUGCACAAGGAGGAAAAAGGUAUAAAUGCUCAUAUCAUCAGAGUCAGAGAUGUUAUUAAUUUUUCUAUGGUACUCCCUCUGUAAAGAAAUAUAAGAGCUUCUAGAUCACUCUAGCAAUGCCCGGAUAUUCUUCUAGUUGGUAUAAACGAUCGACAAAGUCCUUGCAUUAGUCAGCUUAUUGUGAAAAUUUGACAUACCCUACUCGGACUAGGGCCGAACUGUCCACAACAAUAGGACGGGACCAGUAGAGUAUAGGAGCAGGAGUUCCCAGCUUGAGUCAUCCACGAAUUUCAGUCGGCAUAUAGCACCAUGCAUGAAAAAUCAAAGUUUGGCAGGCAGCUGUGGGCACGGAUUAGUACUUGCAACGCAUGGGCACCCAUUAAUUCAAUCGACGGACAGCACCGUGCAUGAAAAUCAAGUUUCAACCACUGACUAGCAGGCAGUUGUGGCCACUGACUAGUGCUACUACUACUGAACCAAUUGCAACGCAUGGUUAACAAGUCUAUAAGAUCCACCACCACCCAAGCAGUUUGUGCCAAGAGCAUUUUCUGAGUUCUUGCGCUUGUGUACACAUAGUUACAUACCACCAUGGCGAAAUGCUGGCUGCUGCUGCUGCUCCUCUUGGCGUUUCUCUUGCCGGCGGCGCACACUAAGUCAUGCCACCCUAACGACCUCCGUGCGUUGCGGGGCUUUGCCGGGAACCAUGGUGGCGGGGGCGUCCUUCUCCGUGCCGUGUGGUUUGGCGCCUCGUGCUGCGGCUGGGAAGGUGUGGGUUGUGACAGCAGCAGCGGCCGUGUCAUGGUGCUACGGCUUCCCGGGUAUGGCCUCGCGGGGCCCAUCCCGGGAGCCUCCCUGGCCGGCCUUGCGCAGCUGGAGGAGCUCUUCCUCGGCUCCAACUCUUUCGUUGGUUCCCUCCCCGAGGAGCUCUUCAGCCUCGCUGGGUUGCGGAAGCUCUCCCUCGAGUCCAACGAGCUCACUGGUAAGUUGAGCUCACGCCUUGGCGAGCUCAAGAACCUCACCUUCCUGAACUUGUCGGUCAACCGCUUCUUCGGCCGCCUCCCUGACGUGUUUGGUGACCUCAUGUCGCUCGACCAUUUGGCCAUGGACUCCAAUGGCUUGUCCGGAUCUUUGCCGCCGUCUCUGUCAUCACUGUCUUCUCUCAGUGAGCUCAACCUCCGGAACAACUCCCUGUCUGGUCCGAUUGCUCGUGUCAACUUCUCCGGCAUGCCACUUCUUGCUUCAGUUGACUUUUCCGCAAAUAACCUGAGUGGGUCUCUCCCAGUUAGCCUCGCGGAUUGUAGCGCGCUCAAGUCGCUCACCCUUGCCAACAACCAAUUGGUUGGCACCAUCCCGUCGUGGAUUGGUGAGCUUGACAACCUUCGCUGCUUGGAUGUCUCAAAUAAUUCAUUGGUUGGCGAGGUACCGAAGGGUUUGACAUGUCUCAAAUGCCUCGCCACCGCUGAUCGUUCAGUGGGUAUGGCUUUCACUAACAUGCCAUUGUAUGCGAAGCGUAACAGAAGAGUACUCCAACAACAACCAAAUGUCUUAUCUGGGAGCAAUAAUACUGUCAGAUCGGGGGGUGGCAAUGUUCUAUCCGGAGACAACAACACUGUCAUAUCUGGGAACAACAACACUCUAUCUGGGACCAACAACACAGUCGUAUCUGGGAGCAACAAUGUCCUAACUGGCAGCAACCAUGUUGUAUCUGGCAGCAAUAAUGUUGUAAGUGAUACCAGCCAUGUCGUAAAUGGGAGCAACAAUACUGUAUCCGGGAGGAACAAUAUGGUAACCGGGAACAACAAUACCGUAUCUGGGAACAACAAAGUCGUAACUGGAGGUUAAUGAUCUGUCAGUGGAUUGAUUCCAUCUUCCCUGACGGUGCUCAUCACCUUGUCCAGGUUCAGUGUGGCUUACGAUCACUUGGUGGGGCUAAUCACGUUUGUAACUUCAUGGAUAUAACAUCCUAUUCCUACUUCAAAUAAAAGUACUCCCUAAGAUGUCUACAGUUUUUUCUUUACAUAAAAA